AUGAAAACCCUUUCUAAAACGUUUCUCGGCUUCUUCCUCCUCAUCUUUAUUCUUAAAUCCGCCAGCGAGAAAGGCAGUCGUCGCUCAUCGAAUUCCUUAGCUCGGUCCGAGUCGGACUUCUCCAUUUUGUCAGAUACCGGCGAUCUUGCCCAGCAAUUCGCCGAGGAAGAUUCCCCUCAGGCCCAUUUGAGGGAUUCUUUCGAUCGUGACUUUCUGACCCGGAAAGACCGCCGAAAGCCUUCAAAACGAGUCCACUACCCACAAGAUUUGCAAACCGAUACCUCGGCCUUUAAAGAGGAGAUCGAGAUCCCCAGCCCUCCGCCGCGGCGGAUCACCCGAGUGGAGCGGCUCAUAGCCAUCACCAUGUCCCCUGGGGAUCGGCAAAAUGCCCGAGUCCAUGGAUUGGUGGGCAAACCACUGCUUUACUUUACCAGUGUCUUUGUAUCAUUAGGUGUCUUCCUCUUUGGUUACGACCAGGGCGUCAUGUCCGGCAUCAUCACUGGGCAUUAUUUUGCGAUCUAUUUUGACGAACCCUCCCGGGCCACCAUUGGUACGGUGGUAGCUAUCUUGGAGGUCGGAGCGUUCAUCUCCUCGCUCUUGGUAGGGCGUAUCGGGGAUAUGAUCGGCCGACGUAAGACCAUUCUAUAUGGCUCGUUAAUUUUUACAGUUGGUGGCGCCCUCCAAACCUUUGCUACGAGUAUGGCCAUGAUGAUGGUCGGUCGAAUUAUUGCUGGUUUUGGUGUAGGCGCGUUAUCCACAAUCGUGCCGGUAUACCAGUCGGAAAUUUCACCUCCUCACAACCGCGGAAAACUGGCCUGCAUUGAAUUCACUGGAAAUAUUGCAGGAUACGCAACCAGUGUCUGGGUAGACUAUGUCUGUAGUUUUAUCAAGUCGAAUUACUCCUGGAGGCUGCCUCUUAUGUGUCAAUGUGUAAUGGGCCUCGCUCUUGGAUUGGGAAGCGUGAUAAUUUGCGAAUCUCCCAGAUGGCUUCUGGAUAAUGACCAUGAUGAAGAGGGCAUGGUUGUUAUUGCCAAUCUUUAUGGUGCAGGCGAUAUCCAUAACGAUAAGGCACGCCAGGAAUACCGCGAUAUAAAAAUGGGGGUUCUGCUCCAACGACAGGAGGGUGAAAGAUCAUACGGUGACAUGUUCAAUCGUUACUAUAAACGAGUUUUGAUUGCCAUGUCAGCUCAAGCUCUAGCACAACUAAACGGGAUCAAUGUCAUCUCGUAUUAUGCACCUCUGGUGUUCGAAUCUGCCGGUUGGAAAGGUCGAGAUGCCAUUCUCAUGACGGGAAUCAAUGGAAUCUCAUAUCUCCUGUCCACCAUCCCUCCUUGGUACCUUGUGGACGGCUGGGGACGACGGCCCAUUCUUCUUUCAGGGGCAGUAGCGAUGAUUUUAUCUCUUUCCGCGAUUUCCUACUUCAUCUACAUCGACAUUGAAGCCACUGCAACUUUAACCGUGGUCUUUGUUAUGAUCUACAAUGCUGCAUUUGGGGCAUCAUGGGGCCCUAUCCCGUGGCUUUACCCACCCGAGAUCCUCCCCUUGAGUAUUCGUGCUAAGGGAGCCAGUUUGAGUACCGCUGCUAACUGGGCCUUCAAUUGGCUUGUUGGAGAGGUGACGCCAGUGCUCCAAAGUCUCAUCACAUGGCGGCUGUACCUAGUCCACGCAUUCUUCUGCGCGUGUAGUUUUGUGGUUGUAUACUUCUUGUAUCCCGAAACUAGGGGGGUUCGACUUGAAGACAUGAAUACCCUUUUUGGAGAUGCCUCAACCGCUAUGCCAACUCCAGCCACUGAAGGUGAGCGAGGGUCCCUUCUAGGUGCAGGCUCACCUGUUCCCUCGCUCGAUAUCCGCCGACCGUAUGGUCAAUUUGGAACCGAAAGCGCCAUACCAGGUCUCAAUAUCGAUCCGCCAACUUUGACCCAGACUCAUGAUGGUUCUGGCAAGCCUGGGCAGUCCAGCUCGCACCCGAGUAGUAGCCGGGGCGAGGGAAUUGGUGGCUGGAUUUCGAACAUGGUCAGCCGGCAGCGAAGCUCUGUCAGUCAAAGUUAUAGCCGCCUGGAACAAGGCGAUGAAGCCGAGGACCAGUAG